UCUGAGUUUGGUUGUGUCGAAGGUGCGGAGGAAGGACCACAUCAGAUCUUGGAAACACUUUAUUUGUUUUGUGGAAUUGGGUCGGGCUUUAGGCUUAGGAUAAGGAGGUGAUUUUGACUUGAGUCGGUUGAUUAUCUGGGAUGAGCAUGAUGACAAUGCUACAAAUCAUUCCUACUAGCUAUCGGAAACUGAUACUCCUGUUUGCUAUUUCUCCUCCUCUUCGUAUUAAUAAUAAUAUAGCUUGUCGUUAGUAUAAAAUAAAACCAGGCACCAACACCACUCCUCAUACUUUCCUUUGCUCAAUUCAUUGCUUUGCUUGUCUCUUCGUUGCUGUGCCUUCUCCUCUAUGCUACAGACAUGGCUGGUUGGAGAAAAGGUGGAGCAGGCCCUUCUGGAGUUAAGAAUUUUGAAUACAACAAUGACCAUUGGAUGGGCUUCACAGAGUACUAUAAUGCUCAUCACUAUAAUCCUCAGGUUUUUGUGACUCCCAUACCAACACCCCGUAAAUUUACACCUUGUGAAUUUAUACAGUCUAAAAUGCGGCAUCCAUUGCCAGGAAGCAUGGUGCAUAAUGAGAAUUACUUCGGUGGAAGAUUAAUUUCUGUUGAAAUCACAUGGUAUGGUGGUGGCAAUGUAGUAUCUGUGGUGGGAUCGUGGAACAACUGGCAGACUAAGGAGGACUUGCAGAAUAUAGGAAAAAUUGCUUCUGUUACUAUGAUGCUUCCAUUAGGAAUACACUACUUUUGCUUCAUUGUUGAUGGAGAGUUGAAAUGUGCUCUCAACUUGCAACGGGUCAAUAAUAGCGUAGGAGAUCACUAUAAUAUGUUAUACUUGCAGGAGGAUGCCCUACAAUUAGCAGCACCUGCAAUUGCAAAUGGUGGUCCAGAUUUGUCCGAGUUUGAAUGUCCUCCUUCUCCACCAUCAAGUUAUAACAAUCAACUAUUUUCUUUUGAUGAACUUGAGAUUGAACCACCAAACCUACCCCAACAAUUAGAAGAAGCACUUGUGGAUAUGCCGCCAGUGCCUAAUCAUACACAACUAAAUCAUCUAUACUGUAGCAAAACAAAUGAUGCUGAUCAGUCUGUGAUGGUCAACUCAACUGAAAGAUUUGGUGCUAGAUAUGUUACACGAGCAGUAUACAAGGCAGCUUCUAAAACUAAAUCAUGGUCAAAGAGAUUUUUUUUUUAUUGAGUAGAUUUUUGGGUUAAAAGAACAUUAAUAAUGACUUUGAUUACUGUUCAUUGAUUUGUGGGAUCGAUGUUUA